GUUCGGAGAUGCAACGCUUCGAAAAGCUAUGAAGUACGAUCAAAACCGUGAACUUCUGCCAAUUUCUUUGGUCUUUUUAAUAGUUUUUCGAUUUAUAUGUGCUGCCGAAACGGAAAGUAACAGCGCGGAAGAGACAAUCAUUGAAGAUUUCUUUAUCUGCCGCACGUGUGGAAACGAUGUUAGCCUAACGAAUCUAGCAUUUGACAAGUACAGCCCGCUGGCAUUGAGCGCAACCAAUCACACUUUUUCGGAAAAGCGUACAAUACUCGUACAGGAAGUACAAAACCCUCGCGGCAUUCGGUUUAACAUCUUUCUCGUCAAGCAAGCCAACUGUGCGAAAGUUCAUCCGUGGAGCAGCAAAUCGACGUGGUUUCCAGGAUACGCAUGGAAAGUUUGUGUUUGCCCUAAGUGCCAUACGCUCAUUGGAUGGAUGUUUGAGCCGAUCGAAAACGCUACUGCAGAGCUCAAUUUCCCUUCGGACGGUGGUUUCUACGCGCUUAUCUUUCAACACAUCAUCUCCGAAGGAUACGCAAACUCUUUGCUUAUGAAAGAGAAAGCAUUAAGAGAUAACUGAUAACAGCUUUUUAAAAAGUAAAAAGAGAGUGGAUAAAUCAUGGUCGAUCCCAAAAGACACAUAAAUAUCCUUUCUCCGGAGGAGCAAUCCUUUCUAGAGGAGUGUGAAACAGCGUUCGCACAUCGAUUCAC